AGCUCGACGGAAAGAGCCGCGCCGUCACCGACGGCCGGCGCGCCUCGUCGCGCGUGCCGCUGCGCGAGAGCCUCGAGAGCGGUGACCAGAUCGACCUCGGGUACUACGACCCGGCGGCGCGGCACUACGCGUGGGUCAAGUACGCGCACCAGACGGGCGACUGGCGCAUGCGCCUCCAGCUCUUCCUCGAGGACUGGCAGUCCUCGCCCGGCGCCUUUGUCUUCACGCUGACCGUGACGCUCGCGAUCAUCGCCCAGGUCAUCCUGAUGAUGGUCGCCACAAACUCGUUUGGCGCGGACCGGCUCAACGAGUGCGCGAUCUGGGUGCUGAGCUGGGUGGCCUGCCCCCGCCUCUCUCCGCACACCCUCCUCCCCGGGGCUCGCCCCCUCUCCACACCCGCCGUGUGUGAGAGAGCCUCACUGGCUUCUUCACGCUUCUUCACACUUCUUCACGCUUCUUCGCGCUUCUUCGCACUUCUUCACAGGUCCUCACUGGCUUCUUCACUAUCGAGCUCGUCCUGCGCACCGUCUCGAAGCGCUCCUGCAAGGAGAUGUGCUUCUCCGCCUACUGGUGGAUUGACCUCGUCUCGGUGCUGCCCGACUAUGUCGCCCUCGUCCUCGCCACCGCCGCCGGGUACGAGCUCGACCGCUGCGCGAUGGCGGACGACGACAGCGACGACGACGACGUGAUCGAGACUCUGCGCGCGUUCCUCCGCGUCUUCCGCGUCGUGCGGAUCCUCAAGAUAGCGCGCCUCAACCCCGACACGACGGUGCUGUACCGCGCGAUCCGGCUCUCGACCCGCGCCCUCGCCGUGCCCUUCACCUUCCUGCUCAUCGGCGCAUUCUUCUUCGGCGCCCCCCUUUGCGCGUGGCGGCGCGCAAUCAUCUACUACCUUGAGCACAUCGAGCUCGAGGUGCUCGCGGGCGGCAACGCGACUGAGGGCGGCAGCCCGUACAACGACCUCGGCGAGGCGAUCUGGUGCAUGAUCGUCACCUUCACGACGGUCGGGUACGGCGACGUGUCGCCCGAGGGGCACCUCGGCAAGAUGGUCUGCUCGCUCGCCAUCUUCGCGGGCGUGGUGCUCAUCGCGAUGCCGCUCGCUAUCGUGGGCAACAAUUUCGUCAUCGCGUGGGAGGAGCGCGCGACGAUGGCCUUCGUGCUGCAGGUGCAGCGCACGUGCAUCGACCGCAACAUCUCGCUCCUCGGCAUCCAGAAGCUCUUUGAGGACGCGGACACGCACGGCUCGGGCUAUCUCGACUACCUCGAGUUUCGCGUCUUUUGCGAGGAGCUCGGCCUCGAGUACACCCCCUCCGAGGCGCGCCGCCUCUUCCGCCUCUUCGACGAGGGCAAGACGGGCGGCAUCACCUUCUUCGAGUACUGCCACACCAUCUUCCCCGACCUCGACGUCGAGUGGCUCUACGACCGCGGCGUCGUCGGCGUCGGCCUAGGGGGCGCGAGCGGCGCCGCGUCCGACACGUACCCUCGCAUGAGCGCAAAGCCCGCCAGCCAGCACGGCGCGCCAGCGCGGACGGGGCGGCGGCCGCUCGGGCGGCUGCGCGCGCCGUCGCUCGUCUCUCCGCCGCGCCGCCUCUCGCCGCACCGCUCCCCAAAGCUGCGCCGUGACUACUCGCCGCCGCGCGACGCGGGCAGCCCUGCCGGCAGGGUGGCAGUGGGCAGCCCACCGGCACGCGGGGGGCUCGGCGGCGAGCGGGUCGGCUGGGGCGGCCUGCGCGGCGGCGGCGUCGGCACGCGCAACCGCGCGACGGCAAUCAUGAAGCAGGCGUCGCGCACGGAGCUGCGCGGCGGCGGCAGCAUGGCGGGCAGCAGCAUGAGCGGCAGCCGCGACGAGCGCUCCUGGCACGGCGCGUGCGGCUUGCAGCCGCCCCACCACCACGGCCGACACCUGGACCGCUUCCCCGCCGCCCCUGCGGCGCUCGCGCUCGCACUGGAGCGGAUCGAGCGGCAGCUCGGCACCGCCCGCGCCGACGAGCGCCCCAUGAUCCAGCGCGCCGCGCCCGAGCGGUCGUCGGCAGCCUCCUCCUCCUCCUCGGACGAGGACGAGCAGCCGUUCCUGCUCCGAUGACAGCGGGCGGCGGGCGGCGCGGAGGCUGCGGCACGCGGAGGCUGCAGCGCGCGGCGCCCGCUCGAGAGGCGAGAGGAGAGACCGGCGAGUGCGGGGAGUGGAGUUGCAGCUGCGGCCGGAUGGCCGGCGGAGAGGAGACGACGCGCGAGCGAGGAGCCGCGUGUCGGGGAGCGGGAGGGCGCAUGUGUCGGGUGUGUGUGUGGCGCUGUCGUCGCGCUGAGUAUUGAGUCCAUCGCGUACCUCGGGUGCACACCAUGUUGAGAAUUAACACAUCCAUACUUUUGG